AUGUUGAGCACUUGGAUCACCGACGCUGAAAACAUCCGCAAUGCCGCCGAGGAUAAGGCCAAGGAAGCCGACGACAAGUUGAAGGUUAAUGAGACUCUAGAUGAGAAUGUUAAAAAGAUUGUGGAGGCUAAUAAGGCAAUUGAGAAAGUGCAUGGUGGCCUGAAUAGUGUCGAUAAAAGUUUGGGAGAGUGGAAAAUCAAGGCACACGAAGUGCUUGACGGGGCGAUAAGCCACGCGACGGAAGUUCAUGAUUCAUUAAAUCCGGAUGAGAAAAGUAAGGAUGGCAUUGGCAAAAGUAUUGAAGUAAUUAAUACAUCAAGCGAGUCAAUUAAAAAGGCAAAUAUAACUCUUGGUGCCGAGGUUGGGAAUUUGCAGAGUUGGAGGACUGCGGCCGGGAGUGUUAUUGACAAGGCUAACGGGAAGUGUGAGGAGAUACUUAAGAAAGUUAAAACAGACGGUGACGGCAAGAUUUUUACAGAAGCUGAAAAGUUAAAAACUGAGGGUACAAGACUUUUGAAGGCUGCGAGUGAGGCUAAGCAGGCUGUUGAGGCUCAAGUAAAAUCGGCGUUGGAGGCUGUUGUGAAAAUGGACACAGAUCUCAAGAGGGAUUUAAGGAGUGUGAAAGAGAUGAUUAAGGAUGGGAUUGGAGAUGUGAUUGAGACGUUGAGAGUUAAUGAGUUGGAUACUUUGGUGAAGGUUGAUUUGGGGGCGUUGAAGAGAAAGAUUGAGAAGCUUAAAAGUGAUGUCGAUGCGAGUAAGGCGGAUAAUGGUAAAAUUGUUAGUAACAUUUUGCAUGAUCUUGAAGAGGCGAAGAAGCCGCUAAGUAAGCUUACUGAUGACGCUGAUGCUAAUUCAAUCGUGUCUCUGACUGCGGGACUUGAAGGUAAGUUUAAGGAGCAGAUCCAAGAGCCGCUUGGCAAGGCGGUCGGUGAAGUUAACCAGGCGAUUGACAGCCUUUACAAACAGUUUGAUCAAGACGGCAGACAAACACAGAGUGAGAAUAAGGUUGAAAAUAUUUUUAAUAAGAUUAAGGGAAAAGUCAACAAAAUUCUUCACGGUGAACCAGCAGGAAGAGGCCUGCAAGGCAUCGAAAAAGGUUUGAUUCACAGCUAUGCCAACGGGUUCAAGAAUUUUAAUAGUAUUGUGACAGGCUGGAUGGAAGGGACUUUGGGGAAGGGUGAUGACAAGCCGCCAAAAACAUGGCUUCCGAAGUAUGUUGAGGAGAGGAAUAGUAAAGAUAGGGGCAUCAGUGAAGCGGAUCGUCGGCGUGAUGAGAUUUUAAAAGUCCGCGAUGGAAUUAAGACGGCGAUUGGGAGUACGUUUGAAGACGCGAUUGAACAGGCCGGCAAAUUGGUUAAAAACGAUAACAAAAUCCAAACAACCAUUGCAUCUGUCAAGCAAGCCUGUCUGCAUUUUGUCAAUAUGCUUGAUAACACACUUAGGGAUGAGGGAAUUGGCACGCUUUCUCAGCAGAUUUUCCAGAAUAGUCCUGAAGGUAGCGGUGCUGCUAGUCUCAACCUGCAUCUGAAAUACGCAGUCGAAGCCACGCUUCUUGGUCUCUCCGCUACUGCCAGCCAGGUGGCCAAUGAAAUUGAGUCCAUCCUUCUCCUAGAGGACAGGGUGGGCGGCAAGGGUAGCGGAAUGAACAUCGCAAAGGCGUUGGAUGAAGCUGUAGAGGAGACUAAUAAACUUCACGGUCAGCUUAAUCAGGCAACUAAUUCCACUGGCCAAGGCACCUCUGGCCAAAAUGAAAGCCCCGCCCAAGCCGUUGACAACAAGUUGCAGGCGGUGAGUAGGCAGGUUACUAACCUUGAAAAAACCUUUAAAGACAACGUCAAAUGGCCACUUGCCGAAGCGGUUCAGGGCCUUGAACCCGCAGUCAACAAGUUCCAUAGUGAUGCCGAAGCACAGAUCAGGCAAGCCGCCACGACGGCGAUUAACAAGGCGGCUGAGCAGAUUAAGGAGGUGGGUGGUGAAAUAAAGCUUGGUAAGGAACACAAUCUAAUGGAGCAGUUCCACGGUCAGUUCUCUAAGAUAACUGAGAAAGAAACUGGUCUCGAAUCACAACUUAAGAAGCAAGUUGAUACGCACAUUGGGGAGGAUGAUCAGUCAGGUGGUAAAAUUAAUAUUAAAGAUACAUUUCACAGUUACAAUUCUCACGUUAAACAAGAUUCAGAUGGCCUUAAGAUCGGAACCCUAAAAGGCCAGUCAUCCGAAGGCCAACUUCCAGAGGCGAUCGGGAAGAUUAGAGAUGAGGGUCUGGCAUCGCUUAACAUAAUCGAUGCCAGUAGCGGUAGUGAACAUAUUAAUCAAGGAACCUUCACCGAGCCGUUCAACACAAUUCAGAAAGAGCUUAAAGCGAUCAAGGAAUUGGUUGAUGGUAAGGAUGGGACGAUGUUAUUUGAUUAUACUGACGCAUCUCAUAAAGGCUUUAAAACAUUGCUUGAAGACAUUAAAAAGAUGCUCACUGACGAAGAAGCUGGCAACUUGUACGGCCUUAAUAAAGGCUUCGAGGCAAUCAAAACGGCGAUUGACACUGUGCAAACAGGGACGUUUAAGCAACGACCCACUGAAAUUGGCGAAGCCAUCCAAGCAAUUAAGGGGGAGCUUGAAGAGCUUAGAGGGAAGUUGAAUAAACAAGCUACCACCAAGUGGCGGCACUUGAAAGACGUCGGACUCAGCGAUACGAAUAAUAACUCAGGCCUCGACAAGAUCAAGAAUGAACUUGAAACGCUUAAAAACGAAUGUUCAAAAGGUUACCGAGAAUUUCAUUUAUCCGUGUAA